GUGCCGUGAAACCCCAGGUCAGUUGCAGCGGUGAACUGGAACAGAAAACCACCCUGGGGGAGCUGGUCAUCUACAUCGUUUUCCUGACAGACCUCUGUUUACUGACGUUUGGCAUGGUGAGCACGGACAUGUACUACCUGAACAAGGUCAUGUCCCAUCUCUUCCUGGAGCCGCCCUCCUCUGAGGAUGACAGCAGUGGUUUCAAGAGCAUUGGGAGCAGAGAAGAUUUCUGGAGGUUUGCAGAGGGGCCCCUAUUGGAUGGAAUCUACUGGGACAAGUGGUAUAACAACAUGACGUUAACCCUCCAGAACAACAGCCAUAUUUACUAUGAGAAUUUGCUCUUAGGAGUAGCCCAGGUUCGCCAGCUGAAAGUACGCAACAACACUUGCUCCAUCUACCCAUAUUUCCGUACUUUUUUAGAAGACUGUUACAGCGAAUAUCAUUAUCGAGCUGAAGACAGGUCUGACUUUGGUCUAAGGAACGAAUCUGAAUGGAAAUACACCUCAGCCUCCUCAUUAUCCCCAUGGUACUGGGGAUCCAUGGGCUUGUACAGCAGCGGAGGAUAUACAUUCACCUUACCUAAAUCGAAGCAGGAGAGCAUGGAGAAGUUGGUGUUUCUCAGGCAGAACAGCUGGCUCACUAGAGGAACCAGAGUUGUAUUUAUCGAUUUCUCAACAUACAAUGCUAACAUAAACCUUUUCUGUAUCAUAAGGUUGGUGGUAGAGUUCCCUGCUACCGGGGGUGCUCUCACCUCCUCACAUAUCUACUCUGUGAAGCUCCUCAGAUACGUCUCAUAUUAUGAUUACUUCCUGGCUUCUUGUGAAAUCAUCUUUUGCCUCUUUAUCAUUACAUUCAUAAUCCAGGAAGCUAUAAAAAUAGUAAAACUGAAAAAGGAAUAUUUCAGAAGUGCCUGGAACUGGCUGGAUUUGCUGCUGCUGGUGGUAUCCACCCUUGCCAUUGCCUUCAACAUCUACUGUGCUGUAAAGGUGUCCCUGCUAAUGGAAGAGCUGCUGUCUGAUCCCCAUGUAUAUCCAGACUUCUAUUUCCUUGCAUUCUGGCAAGUCCUUUACAACAAUGUGAUUGCUGUAUGCAUCUUCUUUGCUUGGAUAAAGAUACUUAAAUAUGUAAGCUUUAACAAAACAGUGACACAGCUGUCUUCCACUUUAUCUCGCUGUGCCCAAGACAUCAUUGGAUUUGCCAUCGUGUUCUUCAUCAUUUUCUUUGCCUAUGCCCAGUUAGGAUAUCUGGUCUUCGGGGCACAGGUUGAAGAGUUUUCCACUUUCCAAAACUGCAUGUAUGCUACUCUCUCAACUUUUUG